AUGUCUGAACCUACAGACUCAUCUGAUCCCGUGAAAACGUCCCGACUCACCUAUCGACAAUUACAAGGGCUGCGACACGGAUCUACGGCGACGCCUCUGCGCGUCGUUGCGCACAUCGACCUCGAUGCCUUCUAUGCACAAUGUGAAAUGGUCCGCCUGGGCACCUCGCGAGAAACCCCUCUAGCUGUGCGCCAAUGGGACUCACUGAUUGCCAUCAACUACGCUGCGCGCCCUUUCGGAAUCACUCGAUUGAUCAGUGUGGCCGAGGCCAGGAAGCUGUGCCCGGGCUUGGUUCUACAACAUGUCGCCACGUUUCGGGAAGGUGAAGGCGGGAGAUGGGCAUACAGAGAUGAUUCUUUCCGGAACAUCAGUACGGAGAAAGUGUCGCUGGACCCGUACCGAGCGCAGUCGCGAAAGAUCCUCCAGACGAUGAAAGAGGCUUUGGCUACGUGGGGUGUGGACAAUACGGGAGAUGAGACUCAACGCCCGAAGCAGGAAGCUGCGGCCGGGCUGGAAAAAGCAAGUAUUGACGAGGUCUUCAUUGAUUUGUCGCCCUUGGUAUACAAGACCCUUCUUCAAAGGUACCCAGAGCUCCAGUCGGGCACCCAAGACGAGAAUCGCGAUGCCGACCUGCCUAUUCCCCCAACCACGGCGCUGCAAUGGGAUACCGACUGCUUGGUAGAUCUUGAUAAGCAUGAAGCCGAGGAGGAUGAUCCGGAUUGGGACGACGUUGCGAUGUUGAUCGGAUCUGAGAUUGUGCGCUCGGUUCGAAAUGCCGUUUGGGACAAGCUCAGUUACACCUGUUCCGCCGGACUGGGCCGCAACAAAAUGAUCGCCAAGCUAGGCAGCGCCUGCAACAAGCCCAAUCUGCAAACCGUGGUGCGGAAUCGGGCGGUGCAGAACUUCCUGGGUGGAUACAAAUUCACGCAGAUUCGAAUGCUCGGUGGCAAACUGGGCGACCAGAUCACAAGCUCCUUUGGGACUGAAAAGGUCAGCGAGCUUCUCAACGUGCCACUUGAGCAACUGCGAACAAAGUUAGAUGAUCAUACGGCAUCGUGGCUUUAUGGGAUCAUACGGGGAGAUGACCGCAGCGAGGUCAACCCUCGGACCCAGAUCAAGUCCAUGUUGUCUGCCAAAUCGUUCAGGCCAAGUAUCAAUUCGCUAGAUCAAGCGGACAAAUGGCUUCACAUUUUCGCCGCUGAUAUCUAUGGUCGGCUUGUGGAGGACGGCGUGCUUGAGAAUAGACGUCGUCCCAGAGUGAUCACGCUGCACCAUCGAACUACACAGUUCCGCUCUCGGCAAAUCCCGAUUCCGAAGUCCACUACGAUUGACGAAGCAAUGCUUUACGAUCUGGCUAAAACCCUGCUUCGUCAGAUAGUGGCCGAUGGCCAAGCAUGGCCCUGCUCUAAUCUAUCGCUGAGCGUUUCGAGCUUCGAAGAGGGCGUGAGCAACAACAGAGCCAUCGAGGGAUUUCUUGUUCGAGGUGAUCAAGCAAAGGCUCUCAGUCAUGUUGCCAGACCUCGCGCGACUGACAACAUCACAAACGAACAGCCUCCAGCCGAAAAGAAAAGGAGGCUGGAUGGAAACAAAAUCAGGCAGUUCUUUGGAAAUCCUUCCGACGAUGCUGUUGGGGAAGCACAAGGGACUCCCCAGUCUCACAUCGGCACCAUCUCAGAAGAAGUUGAUAUCCCACAGUACACAUGUCCGCGAUGUUCGACGUCGGUGUCCGAGUAUGAAAAAGAGGAACACGACGAUUGGCACUUUGCAAAAGAUCUUGCACAGCAAGAUCGCGAACAGUCGAGAUCUUCUCAGCCAGUACCACCACCGAAGACCAACCCUCGAGGCGCAACGCCGCGAGGAAGAGGCGGCCGAGGUGGUGGUAGUCGCGGCAAACCUGAAAAAGGACAAAUGCGGCUCGCUUUCCAAUGA